AUGGCUCCGCACUAUUACACACUAGUCAAUAUCAGUGUAUAUCCUGAUAUAUGGACAAAGGAACGAGAAGAGAAACAAGAAUCUGACAGUAAAGAAAAUGACAACACCAGGGAAGCAAGCGUUGUUGUUACAGGUCGGAAUGCUCAACAACAAUCUACAGAAGAUACAUGGUUUUAUAAUGAUGACAGUUAUUUUCUUAGAAAGGAGUUAAAGGUGUCAAAAACAGACAAUAAGAAUGAGAAAUUAGCAAGCCUUGGACGACAGUCGGUCGUAGUAAUAUCGGAUAUAAAUACAGGAAAAGAAGAACCGGCGUGGAUAAAAAAGAUGAAUUCCACAAAUAAACCCAUAUUACCACCCGAGUUUCGAAGACUACAGAACUUACUGACUACAGAACCGUCGUCAGCGACACGGCAUCAAAAUGGUCCUCAGCAAUAUAUAGAUCUUCUGUCGCCAUUUAACGACCUUUCUUCAGUCGAUAAUCCUCUGUUAAAUGACGAUCCUCCCUCAUACGAAGAAACGAUCACAAUACUAAAACAGAAGAAAAAUAUUGUUGAAAAACAGUUGGAAGUAUAUGGAGAAAAAUUGACAAACGAUGAAUCAGCAAGACUUGGAUCAAUUGAAAGAACAGUGUCACAAACAAGGCACGUUACAGAUCAAACGCACAUUCUUCAACGAAAUAUGAACGACAGGUUGGAUAGGAUCGAACAACAUUUACAAGAAAAAAGACCGUCAUUACCUGAUUCAAAUAACGCAUUACAGAUGCAAGAUGAAAGAUUUGAAUCAGUAGAAAGAACAGUGACAGAGACAAGACAAAACAUGAUCGAUCGACUGGAGAGGAUUGAACAUAGCUUACAAAACUUACACGUGAGCAUUACAUUUAUUGAAUUAAAAGCACUUUUAUUUGAUAUAAAGCUGAUAUAUCAUUUCACUGAACCAUCUUCACAGAAGUUGUGA